GUGUAGAUAGAUCAGUUUCAUGUCUUAACUACUCUGCACGAUACUGAAAGCGGGGGUGGCUACAACAAGUCAAACAUUUCUCUCUCCUCCACCGCAACGCACUCUAGAGAGAGAGAGAGAGAGAGAGAGAAAAUGCCAUGGAGUGAGGGGGAGAGAGAAAGCAUCGGUGAUCGAUCAUCAGUGAAAAGGGGAUCAAGAAUAAAAGUGGAUAGUGUGGGAGAAAAACAAGGAAACACACCACUGCUUCUUUCCAGAAACAUUCGUGGAUGAUGUUUUCUUGAAUUCCCCAACUAAUUUUUACCUAUUCUUCUUCUACCCAUUUCCAGUAUUAACUCUCACCAAAAAAAAAACAAACCAUUCCAUUAUAUUUUUAAGAAUCAACAAAAAUAAAUUCAUAUUAUCUGAAGUUAUAAUCUGCAUCAAUUCAAUUUCCCCCAUGGAUCCCCACAACAAGGGUGUGGCAGAGGCUGAAUUCUUUACGGAGUACGGGGAGGCGAGUCGGUACGAGAUCCAAGAAGUUAUAGGCAAGGGUAGUUACGGUAUCGUAGGUUCGGUUAUCGACACUCACACCGGAGAGAGAGUCGCGAUUAAAAAAAUCAACGACGUGUUCGAGCAUGUUUCCGACGCUACACGGAUCCUCCGAGAAAUCAAACUUCUUCGGCUUUUAAGACAUCCGGAUAUCGUCCAGAUCAGGCAUAUUAUGCUCCCACCUUCUAGAAGGGAGUUUCGAGAUAUUUACGUCGUUUUCGAAUUGAUGGAAUCUGAUCUUCAUCAAGUUAUUAAGGCCAACGAUGAUCUUACACCCGAGCAUUGUCGCUAUUUUCUCUACCAGCUUCUUCGUGGCUUGAAGUAUAUUCAUGCAGGAAAUGUGUUUCAUAGAGAUUUGAAGCCGAGAAAUAUACUUGCAAACUCCGACUGUAAGUUGAAGAUUUGCGAUUUUGGGCUUGCCCGCGUGGCUUUUAAUGAUGCCCCGUCGGCAAUAUUUUGGACCGACUAUGUUGCAACGAGGUGGUAUCGUGCUCCUGAGCUAUGUGGUUCCUUUUUCUCUAAGUACACUCCGGCUAUUGAUAUAUGGAGCAUUGGAUGCAUAUUUGCGGAAAUGCUAACUGGAAAACCACUCUUCCCUGGUAAAAACGUCGUUCACCAAUUAGAUUUAAUGACCGAUUUGCUCGGCACUCCCCCUCCUGAAUCUAUUGCAAGGAUCAGAAAUGAAAAGGCGAGGAGAUAUCUGAGCAGUAUGCGUAAGAAACAAGCUGUUCCAUUUUCUCAUAAAUUCCCGAAAGCCGAUCCUUUAGCGCUUCAAAUACUCGAGCGGCUCCUUGCUUUCGACCCCAAAGAUAGACCAACUGCUGCUGAAUUAUUGUCUGAUCCGUAUUUUAACGGUUUGGCAAAUGUGGACCGCGAGCCUUCCUCUCAACCAAUAUCGAAGCUCGAGUUUGAGUUCGAGAGGCGAAAAUUGGCAAAAGAUGAUGUCAGAGAGUUGAUUUAUCGAGAGAUAUUAGAGUACCACCCUCAUAUGCUUGAGGAAUAUCUACGUGACGGUGACCGAACAAGUGGCUUUAUGUAUCCUAGUGGCGUUGAUCGCUUCAAGAGGCAAUUUGCGCAUCUCGAGGAGCAUAAAAGCGAACGAGGCACUCUCCAAAGGCAGAAUGUUUCGUUACCUAGAGAGAGAGUCCCUGCACCGAAAGAAGAUGCUGUUCACGACAAUGAUGCCGAAAAGAUUCCUCAAAUGGAAGGCGACGGAUCGGAACAUAAGGGAAACUACAGUGCUCGUAGCUUGUUAAAGAGUGCUAGUAUCAGUGCUUCCAAGUGUAUAGGUGUUAAAGAAAAAAAAGUUAUUGAGGAGGAACAGAUUGACGAACAUAAUGAAGAGGUUGAUGGGUUGUGCCAGAAAGUUGCCUCUCUUCAUACUUGAGUUUUCUAUGAGUGCUUUUGGUCGAAUUACCGAUGCUCUUCAUUAUUGAAUUUUUUUCUUAGAAUUUCGAGAAUCAUUUUUUGGGGCGGUAGAAGAUCGGAAAGGAAUUAACGAAGAUGAAUGAUUCCUCCUUAUUACAGGUCUCAUUUUAUUACAGUGAUAGGCUGUCUGGCUAGACUUGUUUUUCGUUUUUAUGAUGGUUAUAAAUUUAUUUUUAUUUAAUUAGAUUUUUUUUUUAGUCUUUUCAAGAAAUUAAUAGAAAUCAAUCUUGAUUUAUGAUUCAUUUGAAGGCUCUAUUUUAUUUGUAAAUGAUUCUAUGCACCACCUUUAGCAGAAACUCCUUCACAGAAAUUCUUGCUCAUGAAAUAUGCAUUAUCCAUCGUA